AUGCAGAGCCUGAUGGAUGGCAAGAGCUGUCGUAACCUCAUGGACAAGUUGUCCCUCUGUACUGAGGCUCAGCGCAUACAGCUGGCGAGGCCUUUCUGUGUGGACCCAGGGGUCACGUUCCACAUGUACCCAGAAACACCAAACCAGGUCACUUGCUCUGAAGAUUUGUCGUUCCUUCCUUUCAUGUCUGAGCAUCUCAUCGCGGAGAACUUCUACAGUGAAAAAAAACCAAUGCCCCAUUCCAGUUACCACAGAAGUGAGUACUCCUACGGGCCAGCUUUCAUCAGAAAGAGGAAUGAGAGGGAAAGACAGAGGGUUAAAUGCGUCAAUGAAGGAUACGCUAAACUGAGGCGUCAUCUACCUAAGGAAUACAUGGAGAAACGGCUCAGCAAAGUAGAGACACUCCGUGCUGCAAUCAAAUACAUUAACUACCUACAGUCUGUUCUGUACAGCGAUUCUGUGACGGCAGAAAAAAAUGUCAUGGAGCCAAACCAAGCGCCUAAAGCGAUUAACAAACAAAACCAGUUUUUGAAGACGAUCUAA